UAAAUAGGUUGCUUUGGGGAUUAAAUAAACUGUGUUGUGUGUUAACUCUAGAGAAAUAAAAAACGUGAAUCUAACAAUUACAAACUAGCAACAGCGAAUAGAGUUCAAAUCAAGUGUCCAAACCAAACCUUUUCGUUUAAAACCAAAACUCGCGAAUGGAGUGAUAGAGUAAUAAUCAUACAUGCGCUGUGUAGCGGUUAUUCAAAAAAAAGCAAUGAAGUGAGAAAUUCGAUUAUCGAUGAAGUGCAGAUCGGUGGCGUGCAUAUGGUCCGGCACGCCGUUUCCUCACCGCGUCACCGCCGUCGCCGCUUUGACGGAACCACCGACGCCAACCUUUUACACAGCCGGAUCGGAUGGCUCCAUCAUCUGGUGGACCAUCUCCAGUUCCGCUUCCACACCGGAAGUUAAGGCGGUGGGCGUGCUGUGCGGUCACGGCGCACCGGUUACCGAUCUCGCUGUAUGCAGGCCAAUUGCAGAUGCAGGAAACGGUUAUACUUCGAGUGCAAGUAAGUUCAGUGCGUUGAUAAGUGCGUGCUGUGAUGGUUUUCUGUGUGUGUGGAGCAAGAACAGUGGUCAUUGCCGGUGCCGGAGGAAAUUGCCGCCUUGGGUUGGCACUCCUCGUUUAAUUAGAACCUUGCCUUCGACACCGAGAUAUGUGUGUAUAGCGUGUUCUUUAGAGGGGAAUGAAGGAUUAAUUGAUAGAGAAACUCAGCCUAGGAAGCCUCCUAAAUGCACUGUUCUUAUUGUGGACUCCUAUUCGCUUUCCAUUACUCAAACUGUGUUUCAUGGAAGUCUAUCCAUUGGUCCAAUUAAGUUUAUGGCACUGGUGUUGGGUGAUGACGAGAAGAGAAACUCUGUGUUUGUGGCUGAUUCGGCUGGGAGGCAGCAGAUGGUUCCGAUAUCAGAGGAUCGAGGGGAGAGCUUGGCGGGUUCACUUGGUGAUAAAGGUCAAUUGGAGACCUCUUUUUUCGACGAGGAAUUGAGUAGUGUGGAGCAGAUUGUUUCGGUUUUAACCUAUGGGAAUGUUGUUGCUUCAAUAUUGGAAGAUCGGUGUGUCUUCAGGUUACUGAAUCAUAGUGUGAUUGGAGAAGUUUCUUUUGUGGAUAGCUUAUUCAGUUUGGAUCAGGGUUCUAUUCAAACACAUGCUGUUGGUGGCAUUUUUCUUGAGAAUGAUGAUGUGGAGAAUGUGUGCAACGGCAACGAAUAUGGAAACUCGAUUACAGUACGAUUUGUUGUGUGGAAUAAUGUAGGUUAUGCAGUUAUAUAUAAUGUAUUGUAUCAGAAUGAUGUUUUCCAAUGUUAACCUCUUUUUGAGAUUCCUGGUACUCGUUUUCAACCUGAUAUGAGAUUAUCUGUUUUUUUUCAACAAGUAAGUCAAUAUCUUGUAUGCAUCAAGUCAAUUUGCUAUAAUUACGAGGACCCUUUACUAUGGAGACCACUUGCCACAAUGUGGUCAUUGCAUGAUUUUAGUGAUGAACCUGGUAGAUUGUAUCGUCAAUGCAGAAUGGUCGGUGAUGGUGUAUCUUUCACUGGCUGGUUUGAGAAAUCGACUCAGCUCAAGGGACUCGAUGUACUUGAGACUACUUCUACUUUUGGUGUGAGUCCAAGUUCUGAUAUUGUAGACAACAAACAAGCUGGUACUGGAACUAAUUGUUAUGCUUACAAAGGGAAGGUCGUUUCUUCCUCCAUGAUCAUCUCCGAGAACCUCUUUACUCCUUAUGCUGUUGUAUACGGUUUUUUAAGUGGAGAAAUAGAGGUUGUAAGGUUUGAUUUGUUUCAAGGGAUUUGCUUGGAUGAUGCAAGUUCCAAUCCUGAUGAAAAGCCAACUGCUUGCAAACAGUUUUUCUCAGGACAUACAGGUGCUGUACUUUGUUUGGCAGCACAUCAAAUGAUGGGUAGUGCCAAAAGCUGGAAUUUUAAGCAGGUUUUGGUGUCUGGAAGUAUGGAUUGCACGAUUCGAAUAUGGGAUCUUGACACUGGCAGUCUUAUCAUGGUAAUGCAUCAUCAUGUGGCUCCUGUCCGUCAAAUUAUUCUUGCUCCAUCUUUGACUGUGCAUCCUUGGAGUAAUUGUUUCCUUUCAGUAGGAGAGGAUGCAUGUGUUGCUCUUGUUUCUCUAGAGACUCUGCGAGUGGAGAGAAUCUUUCCUGGACAUAUGAACUAUCCUUCUAAAGUUUUAUGGGAUGGAGCAAGAGGUUAUAUUUCCUGUCUCUGUCAAACACAUUACGGAACUUCUGAUGCUACUGAUGUAUUAUACAUUUGGGAUGUAAAGACAGGUUCACGUGAGCGAGUCCUACUUGGGACAGCUGCACAUUCAAUGUUUGAUAAUUUUUGUAAAAGCAUCAGCAAGAAUUCCGUAUCUGGCACAUUGCUGAAUGGAAACACAUCAGUCUCUUCCUUACUCCUUCCGAUAGUUGAUGAUGCAAGGUUCUCUAACUCCCCCUUAAAUCGUUCAGACAACUUGCUUACUUCAUCAAGGUCGUCACCAAAUAUUUCAAAUAUGACUGAGCUGAAUUCUUCCAAAACAAAUGCAGGUAAAGAAAUUUCAGUGAAGCCACAUUCAUCCUCUCAAAUUGGUCUUUUGAGUAGCAAGCUUCCUAUCAAAUGCGCUUGCCCUUUCCCAGGGAUAGUGUCUCUGUGUUUUGAUCUUGCAUCCUUGAUGUUCUUAUUUCAAAAGAAUGAGUCCAUUGAAAAUGGUGGUGGCAAGCCAGUCAAUAUCAAUUUGAAGCAGCAGGGAGUCCAGGAGCAAAAUCCCAGCUACCAUAAUGCAGAAACUUUAGAGGGGCAUGACUUGGUUAACCUUUUUGAAGAAUACUUACUUCGAUAUAGCUUGUCAUAUCUACAUUCUUGGAGUGUAGACAUAGAGCUUGAUAAUUUGUUGAUAAGUGACAUGAAGCUGAUGAGACCAGAAAACUUCAUCGUAGCUUCUGGUCUGCAGGGGGAUAAAGGAUCAUUGACAUUGACAUUUCCUACUCAGAGUGCUAAUCUUGAGCUCUGGAAAUCAUCAUCCGAGUUUUGUGCAAUGAGAUCGUUGACAAUGGUGUCCCUUGCCCAACGUUUGAUUAGCUUGUCUCACUCUGGUUCGGCAGCCAGCAGUGCUUUAGCAGCCUUUUAUACUCGGAAUUUCUUGGAAAAUUUUCCAGAUGUGAAGCCACCUUCAUUACAGCUCUUGGUGGCUUUUUGGCAAGAUGAAAGUGAACAUGUGCGUAUGGCUGCACGCUCUAUAUUUCAUUGUGCUGCCUCUCAUGUUAUUCCUCUACCUCUAUGCAAUUUGAAACCUACUGAGUCAAACGAUAUGAGUUUCCAUACUGGAAGUCGAGACAGGCAUAACCUAGGAAACAAGCGGGAAGAGAGUAUAUCUCCUAAGGUAGAAAAACAAGGAGUUUCCCAAGAUGAGGAAUCCAAGAUACUUGCUUGGCUAGAAUCAUUUGAAGUGCAAGAUUGGAUUUCUUGUGUUGGUGGAACUAGUCAGGAUGCAAUGACAUCUCACAUUAUUGUUGCUGGUGCACUGGCUAUCUGGUAUCCUAGUCUUGUAAAGCCAAGUCUUUCCAGGCUUGUUGUUCAUCCAUUAAUGAAGUUGGCUAUGGCUAUGAACGAGAAGUAUAGCUCCACUGCUGCUGAGCUCCUUGCAGAGGGCAUGGAAAGUACAUGGAAAGAAUGCAUUGUCUCUGAGAUUCCUCGUCUGAUUGGGGAUAUUUUUUUCCAAGUAGAGUUGAGUGGCCCAUCUUCCAAGUCAGUGAAAGAAAUAUCGGAUGCAUCUUUUUCUAUUAAAAAGACAUUGGUGGAGGUUCUUCUUCCAAGUUUGGCUAUGGCUGAUAUAACAGGCUUUUUGGCUGUGAUUGAAAGCCAAAUUUGGUCUACUGCAUCUGAUUCACCCGUCCACAUGGUGUCCUUGUUGACUCUCAUAAGGAUCAUGCGUGGUUCUCCAAAGAAUUUGGCUCAAUACCUUGACAAGGUUUGUGAAAACACUUGCUAUCUCCUCUUUUUGCAGCUCUUGGUGGCUUUUUGGCAAGAUGAAAGUGAACAUGUGCGUAUGGCUGCACGCUCUAUAUUUCAUUGUGCUGCCUCUCAUGUUAUUCCUCUACCUCUAUGCAAUUUGAAACCUACUGAGUCAAACGAUAUGAGUUUCCAUACUGGAAGUCGAGACAGGCAUAACCUAGGAAACAAGCGGGAAGAGAGUAUAUCUCCUAAGGUAGAAAAACAAGGAGUUUCCCAAGAUGAGGAAUCCAAGAUACUUGCUUGGCUAGAAUCAUUUGAAGUGCAAGAUUGGAUUUCUUGUGUUGGUGGAACUAGUCAGGAUGCAAUGACAUCUCACAUUAUUGUUGCUGGUGCACUGGCUAUCUGGUAUCCUAGUCUUGUAAAGCCAAGUCUUUCCAGGCUUGUUGUUCAUCCAUUAAUGAAGUUGGCUAUGGCUAUGAACGAGAAGUAUAGCUCCACUGCUGCUGAGCUCCUUGCAGAGGGCAUGGAAAGUACAUGGAAAGAAUGCAUUGUCUCUGAGAUUCCUCGUCUGAUUGGGGAUAUUUUUUUCCAAGUAGAGUUGAGUGGCCCAUCUUCCAAGUCAGUGAAAGAAAUAUCGGAUGCAUCUUUUUCUAUUAAAAAGACAUUGGUGGAGGUUCUUCUUCCAAGUUUGGCUAUGGCUGAUAUAACAGGCUUUUUGGCUGUGAUUGAAAGCCAAAUUUGGUCUACUGCAUCUGAUUCACCCGUCCACAUGGUGUCCUUGUUGACUCUCAUAAGGAUCAUGCGUGGUUCUCCAAAGAAUUUGGCUCAAUACCUUGACAAGGUGGUCAACUUCAUUUUACAGACUAUAGAUCCUAGCAACUCAGUCAUGCGGAAGGCAUGCUUCCAAAGUUCAAUGACAACUUUCAAGGAACUUGUACGUGUAUAUCCCAUGGUGGCUGUCAAUGAUUCAUGGACCAAACUAGCAGUUGGAGAUGUGAUUAGAGAAGUUAACAACGCAAACAUCAGGGUUUAUGAUAUGCAAAGUGUGACAAUGAUAAAGGUUUUAGAUGCAAGUGGGCCUCCUGGACUUCCAACUCUACUCCCAGCAUCAUUAUCAGGAACAAUGUUGACCACUGCUAUUUCAGCACUGAGCUUUUCACCAGAUGGAGAGGGGCUGGUGGCUUUUUCCGAACAUGGACUACUGAUUAGAUGGUGGUCACUGGGAUCUUUCUGGUGGGAGAAACUCAGCCGGAACUUUGUUCCUGUCCAGUGCACCAAACUAAUAUUUGUUCCUCCUUGGGAAGGAUUUUCUCCUAAUUCUUCAAGAACAAGCAUAAUGGCCAAUAUUUUGGAAACUGACAGGCUGCAGAACUUUCAGGAUAAUGCGAGGGAUUCAAAUCACGGGGACAGUCCAAAACAAUUGCUUCAUAAUUUGGAUCUCUCCUAUAGACUAGAAUGGGUUGAGGGGCGGAAAGUACUUCUUACAAGACACGGUCAUGAAUUGGGCACUUUUCAGUUAUAAGCGUCUACUAGUACCGAUUCUUAGAAAUUCUUGCUGAGAAUUUUCAUUGAUUCCAUAAUUUAGUUGAGGCUGUCAUGAAACAACACUAUAGCUUCUAUAGCCAGCCCAAACUAGCAACAGAAGAUUUUUUACUAGCUAUACUAGCAUAGAAAUUGAAAAGUUAUUAUGUGGAGCUCCUAUAAUUUGAGACACAGCCUUUGGAGGAUUUUUAAAGAACAGCUUGAUGAUAUCACUAUAAGGAGCCAAUUGGAUGUCCGUAGUAUGAGUUGAGAUACUUUGGCUAUCUUUUGGAUGAAAUACUGGGAAAAGGAAGAAGUAGGCCUUUCAAUAUAGGAACUACGAACUUAUUUGCAUUUGGGGUGCCAAGUAAUUACUAAGUUAUUCAAAAUGAUUAACCAUUCCGGUUGACUAUUUGGUCUCAUAAGUUAAGUAGUUUCUGAAGUCCCCGAAGAAUAAUCUUGAAAAAUUAGUCUUCACAUAUUGUGUAAUCUUUAUAUGGACAGAAAUUACGUUGAUCUCUCCCCAAUUUUUCGGAGAGCAUCCCCUUAAAUUUUGUAUAGAUCUCUGGCUUCUCAUGCAAUUUGAGUAUUUUUUUUUUCUUU